ACGAAUCAUCCAUGAACAAGCUGCAUAACCACAAAAAUUUGGGUAAAUAUCGGAUUGGAAUUUUGUGAAAAUAAAAUCGUAAAAUGGAUCACUCGUACGACAAAACAUAUUAUACGGACCUUGAAGAUUCACAAGAUAUGUAUUCACAAGAUAUGGAUGUGUCUGUGACCGAAUUGAAUAUUGAAUCCGAUGCUACUUUUAUCGACGUCGUGAGAGGUUAUCCUCAUAUUUAUGCAAAGAAUUUAAAAGAUUUUAAAGAUAAAAAUGUACGUGAACGGUCAUGGGUGGAAAUAGCAUCUGUUAUGAAUUGUUCAGUGGAAGAUUGUCAGAAACGAUGGAUACGCUUGAGGGAUAGAUUUUCAAAAGAGCGGAGGUUACGGGAUGCAGAAACAAGAAGCGGUAGUGAAAGUACUACAGGAAGAAAAGGAUUUCCUUUAUAUGAAAAUAUGAUGUUUCUUUCGGAACAUAUUCAGUCAAGAAAAACCUAUACAAACUUGCAGUCCGCUAAUAAACGACAACCGGUGAUCAAUGCACAUGCAGCGUUGUCUUGCAAUUCAUCAAGUGCUCGAACAAUCCAAAAUCCUCGAUCUUCAAUAUCAUUAUCAUCUUCACUGUCACCAUCAAACUCUGAAAGCAGGCCAUUCUUUCCG